AUGGCUUCUCAGCAAACCUACUUGACUCUCAACAGCGGUUACAGAAUGCCCCAAAUGGGUUUUGGCACCUAUAUGGUUAGUUUCCUGCCGAAUUGUCGAGUUUCAGGGGGCGCCACACGAAGGUGAAAACCCUGUCCUUUGGGCAAUUGAUGCAGGCUAUCGGCAGAUCGAUUGCGCGCACGCAUACGGAAAUGAGUGUGAAGUUGGGAAUGCAGUGAAGAAGCGAAUUGACGAUGGCACAAUUACUCGAGAGGAUAUUUUUAUCACCUCCAAGGUAUUCACUCGUAGUAGCCUGUGCAUUUCAUGCAGUUGUGGUGCGACGCGCAUCGUCUGAAGGAUGUGCGUCCGGCUUGUGAAGAAAGCUUGCGGCGGCUAGGACUGAAAUACCUGGAUUUAUAUCUUAUUCACUAUCCGGUGCCUUUGAAGGUCAAUCCCAUUUACCGACUUUAAGCUUGCAGGUUAAGGAGGGUAAAAAAUUCUCACUGUACGAUCCAGACGUAUUUGACUUCGAGGAUGUGCCCUUGGAGGAGACGUGGCAGGUUAGUUAACCUUUGGACCUUCAUGGGCGUGGAAGACGUCAAGGAGGUCGGAAUUUCAGUUUCUUGCCUAACUUCCCCCCCUCCCCCCCACUCAGGCAGUCACAUGUUAAACGGCCUAGACUGGGGAAACUUAAAAAUUCGGAAGUGAACCAGUGGUCCGAUGAAGAUGACCAUGACUGACUGAUGAGUGCAAAUUGGCACAAAACUGUCCUUCUAGGGCACCUUGUAAUUUGCAUACAGUGUUUCCUUAUUAGUGAGUAUUAAUCACUCUGCAACGGAUUGCAGGGACGAAACACAGCGCCAGCAUUUCAGCUGUUACAAGCCCUUGCCUUAUCGGCAGUGGGGAUUGGAAAGUCAUUUCUAUGGCCAGUACUGUCGAUUUACAGUUAGGGCAUGGGAAUAGGUACAGUAGGUGGGCUAACUCAUGAAAUGUCAACCGAAAUUCCGAAAUGCGUUUGCGUUUCGAAAAGAUUAAUUAAGUUAAGUUGUAAACCUAAUGAGACUGCGGUAAAAUUCUAUAAUAAUGCAUUUACCUCAAGAUGAUGGCUUUCGAACGAACUUCCUUCCGGCUGCAAACAAAAACUAUACUCUCUAAAAAUGACUACUUAAGCAGCAUGCAUUUUUCUCAUUGAUUUUCGAUGCCUCUAAAAGUCAAAUUAUAUUUCAUGUAAAACAUGCAUAAAAAUAUAAUUUAUUUCGUUCAUUCGGUAGACAAUUACGUCUUCUUUCAAUCUUGUACACGACGGAAGAGUAUAAUCCGGUUUUCAAAAACUUUUCCAAUUCCCGAAUAAUUUUGAAUCCGCUCUAUCGUUACACUUGGAUUCAGGGGUUCCAGACUACAAGCCGUAUAAUUACCGCGCACGGAAAACCGCACAUUUCUUUGCGGUAGUAAAGGGGGAUCAUAUAGGGUUCAUAAAAUUGAGCAGUGGAUUUGAUCCAUAUUGUUAACUUUACAAGCCACAUUAGUAAAUGAAGAGACAUGACGAUUUAUGAACGGCCAUUUCGCAGUAUUUAAAAGUAUCACAAUUAGAAACUUUUUUAAAAUCGAAAUCUGUCUCCCCCUCAUGUAUAAAAUUAGAAGAAGACGUAAUUUUCUACCGAAUGAGCGAAACAAUAAAUAUUUAAAGGCAUGUUUUACAUGAAAUAUAAUUGGACAUUUAGAAGCAUAGAAAAUCAAUGAGAAAAUGCAUGCUACUUAAGUAGUCAUCUUUUACAGAGUGCAGUUUUUGGAUGCAGACGGAAAGAAUGUUCUUCCGAAAGCCGGCAUCCUGAGGUAACUAAAAUAUUAUAGAAUUAUGUUGCAGGCUGGUUAGUUUCACAACCCUACUUAAUCAAUCUUUUCGAAACGAAAAUGCAUUUCGGAAUUUCGGUUGACAUUUCAUGAGUUAGCCCACCUACUGUACCUCCCCCUUAGUUCAGUUGGCCCUGACCUAAAUUCCAAGGGGGAUUCGAAAAGUGGCAUGAUUGAAGUUGGAAGGUUUGGUGUUAGGGGACGGGUAAAUUUAUGACACGGGGAAUAGGUACCCAUCCCCCACCCCCAGGAAUUCAGCUUGAGGUAGCCUGUAGAAAGGGAGGGGGUACGCAUCUCCCUGUCCAGCCGAAUUACAGCUCGCGCAUCACCAGCUUACCAACAGUUGAGAUCGUAGUCGGCCUUUUUCUGAAGUCGGACGUGCGUACACACACUCUGACGGAAUUAAUUUUUUUUCAUAAAAAUGUCUGAUUUGCACUUCUCUUCUCUGGCAUUGGCACUACCAAACCGGCCGACCAGGGCAUGGAGGAGCUGGUGGAGGCCGGUCACGUUCGGUCAAUUGGCGUCUCAAACUUCAACAGGGCCCAGCUUGAUCGCAUUCUGGCCGUGUGUAAGAUACCACCCGCGGUGAACGAAAUUGAAGUAUCAGUGAACUGGCUCAAUGAAAAACUGAUCAACUACGCCCACUCGAAGGGCAUUCAGAUCAUCGCCUACGCGGUUCUCGGUUCCCCGGGAACAAAGGUGUAAGCCAAUAUGCACUACCAUUGUUAUUGUUCCGUUUAUUUUCUAUCCACAUGCUAACUGACUAGUAUUUCCUAGUUAAUCAUGCCAUAUAGCGGGCAUAUAUUUAUCCAAUGGAGGAUUUGUAGUCUACACUAACAAGUGGGAACAUUUCCCUUGUCUAAUCAGUGAUCAGUUAAGUCGACUUCGUCUCAGAAGACUCCUUGAACAGGGAAUCACGAAUUUCGGUGACUGGGGACCAUCUAACCAUCUGAUCUUAGGGUUAACCUUAUCAUAAUUAUGAUGUGUGACGUGCUGUCCAAGGAUCCUGCCAAAGGUGGAAAUCUGCAGAGGCCGGUCAUCCGACCCUAGAGGGUAGAAGAGUGGACAGGGUUGGCAUGCGUUGUUGGCCGGGCAUUUCACCUGCGUCCAAAGGUAGACACUAAGGAAUGAGCGCCCGAUAAAAACAGCAGCCUCCGCUCUAUACCCUAUGGUUAAUGGCCAUGUACCCAUGAACGUUUUGAAGCAUUCUUUCUGGAUCGACAGUUUUUUACGCAAUGGUGUACUGGAUGAAUGAGUGGGUACACCUGCUAGCUGCAAACCUCAAAAAUGUAUGGCUAAAUCUGUACAUAGACAGAGAGGAAUUCGAUUUAUUUUUAAAGCAUUAAUUCAAAGUUUUCAGCACAAAGGGACUCUAUUCGCUGCGGACAGAAUAAAUGUUACCAAAUUACUCAAGGGUCACAAGGUUUACACAGAUGGGAAAAACGAUUGCGGGGACAAUUUAAGUCUUAGUUUCUGUAUUUCUGUCUCUUCCCAUGUGAGACAGCGGCCAGGAGUGACCAUGCUGAAAGCUGACGUGCUGACAAGAGAUAUUUCGAAAGCCACAGCGCUUGGGGCGGGAGGAUUUGCGGAGAUUAAGUUCAGAAUGCGGGGAUGGGCAACGUCAUCCAGAAUUCGAUCAGCAAAUGGCCUGACCAUUUUGAAGUGUCAUUGCAUGAUAACAUCGACUAAAAAGACAUAAGAAACACCAGCAGCAGAAGAGAAUAUUCGGAGGGCUCGCUUUAGAUUGACAGAUCUUUUUUGAACAAAGCAGGACAAAUGACAGGAGAACAAUAACGAUAUGUCCAAGGAUUAAGGACUAGGUGCUGGUCACAGUCGUAAAAUACACUAGAUGGUUUCUUAAUUAUCCAAUAGAAGACCAUUUUCCUGCGACUAUAUAGAGAUAUGGUCAAGGCCACUCUUCAGAGACUGGAGAUGUGUUUGAUUUUGGAGGGGAUGGCCAACAACCACGUCGUUCGCAUACUUACUUAACAGCAGUCGUUUGUGGAUCUUAGAUCAUCAGUGUGGAGGAAAAAGAGGUGAGGGGAACCUGGGAGAACUCCACAGUCAUUGCGAAGGACUGUAGAUUUGUGCUUGCCGGAUUCGACCAAUUUAGUGCGGGAAGUAUAGUGAUCACCGAGCCAGGAGACAAUCCAGCCUGGUGAAUUACACUAGGAUGUUUUAGUAAGGAGUCAAUAAAAGCACAUGCCCACUCGCGGCAGCAUUUUUCUAGUUCCCUUAGGGCGGAGUGGACCACUAGAGCAGCAGCAUUUAAGGUACUACACUUGGCCUUAUAUGCAAAUUGUAAAGCAUCGGAAAAACUGGAGGAGAAUGGCUUUAUAAUGCCCAGAGCAACUCGUCCAGCAAGCCUCAAUAGUGCGGAAGAGCAGGCAAUUGAACAAAAAGAUCUAGGACCAAGAUUAACGGAUUUUUGGUGAAUAGGAGUAAUUCUUAAUGUACACCAGGUGUCAGGAAUCUUGGACUUCAUGAAAGGCAUGUUAAAAGGCUUUCUGAGAAAAGCGAGGUUCAAAGAGAAAAGUUGAGAUAUCAUCCGGCCCGGAAGCUGUUGAUCCACGGACCUUCUUUAAAGUGUUUCUCUACCGUUUGUCUACUGUUGCCUCACAGGUCCCUGUGGAUUCUGCGGCUUGGUUCAAAAUGACCGUUUCACUCUAAACACGUAAAACGCAAGUUAUGCCACCUUAUGGUAAUCGCUGCGAGGGCACUGCGAUAGGCUGAUAGCAAGAAAAGACCGUCAGCGUUAACCCGCAUUCGUGUAGAAGAAGAACAACGGAUCAUUCAACCAUAUAGCCGAUGCCUGCAUUAAUAAAAACCUUAAAACGGUGGUUGCACUCAGACCAGAGUUGCCAGCUACAAGCCUGACGUCUAGAUAUCGGACCACAGGCUUCUACGACUCAGCUAUCGCAAAGGAUUGACUAGAGCACUGAUAAUAAUACCUCACGAUCUUGAUCCCCCGAAACCUAACACUAACUUUCCCUUCUAAUAGAGACGUCCCGUCUCUGAUGGAGGAGGAAUUUGUGAAGAAAAUCGCCCUUGCGCAUGGCAAGACGCCGGCCCAGGUUCUACUUCGACACGGCAUACAGCGCGGUCUCGCGGUCCUCAACAAAAGCCAGAACGCGGACAGGAUUAGGCAAAAUUUCGAGGUGCGAAUCCCUUCAUUUGUCUUUCCCUAGUAAUUUAGUGCAUUCUCUCCCUCUAGCUUUUUUCGCAUUUUUGGCAACCGACCAGUCUUCGGUCAUGGAUGCCAAGGUUGGUGGUGGACGUGGUGUCUUUAUAAGACAGCAGGAAGUUAGAACAUUGAGAUGCUUAAUCAGGAAUGAGCGCACACCGAUAUGUUGGCCCCCCGACACGAACAGGUAACCAACCGCCAGGCCGAAGUCAGCCAAGUCAUGAUAGCAGCGAGGAGGAACGAUGUUUAUACCACCUUUCUAAUACCACACUUCUAGUGAAAUCAAAUUUAGUUGUUAAUUUUUGCACAAAAAAUUCCUGUUCGACAAAAUUACAAACAGAAUUAACAAGCAAUUGUUGGUAGAACAGUUACUAAUUAUUUUAAACUACAGAAUGAUAGCAUUUAUGGCCCCUCAGAAGUUGCCCGCAGGAGGUUGGAUGUCCGAGGGUGGGGCCGUCUGUAAAUUUCGAAAGCGUCACGUUUCGACCCGUGAGAUGUAAACAUUUAAGCGGAAGACACAGCGACUGCGCCUUGUCGAUCAGUGUAAAACCAAGGUGCGCAGACACAGGCCCCGUGCGACGCAUUGACGCGCCUUGCCAGUCACAGUCUGGUUAAAUGGUCCUGUCACACACUGCAAGUUCAGUUUGGAUUUGGAGUUGGUCUUCGGGCCGUUGCGUGCACAAAUAAGAUACGUAACUGAGAGAAUUCGGUGGAUAAACAAACAAAUGCUUUGGCAGCGGCGUCGACGUCCCGUUGUGUGCGCACAGAGAUGGGGCUCGCUAACCCGAAGGAAGUGGUAAACGACAUGCUAUAGCGAAUGCUUCUUCUCCUUUUUCGUCUCCAUCCUCUGCGUCCUCAAAGUGCUGACACCUAGAAUGAUAACAGGGUUAGAUCGCAGUUGGUAACCAGGAAUGGGGAGGCGGACAGCCAGGUCCCUGUCGUACGGGAAUGGUGGGAAAGGAGGUUAUAUGGGUGGGGUAAAUGGAAGGGCUGGUAGAGAAAUGCUGGAGUUUCUGGGUAAAAGUAAAGUUAACACAGAAAGUUCUGGAAAGCUAUAAGUAGGAGUAAUAAUGGCGGAAGUUCAAACACUACACUCAACCAUAAAAGCCGACACUGACCGAAACCGUAAAGGGUAACCCCAAGCCUCAAAAGCGAAAAGUAAUCAAAAUCACAAAACCCAACUCUAACCCAGGACCUAGCCAUAACCCUAACCCUAACCUUGACCCUAACCCUAACCCUAACCUUAACCCCAACCCUAAACUUAACCCUAACCCUAAAAUUAAGCCUACCCCUAACCCUAACCUUAGGCCUAACCCUUAUCUUAAGCCUAACCCUAACCUUAAGCCUAACCCUAACCUUAACUCUAACCCUAACCUUAACCGCAACCUUAUCGGGAACCCUAACGGCAACCUAAACUCUAACCCUAACACUGACACCUGACCCUAAAACGCAAACCCUAAUGCUAAAACCUAACCUACACCUAACCCUAACCCUCACUAAAGCCAACAACCUGACCGAAACGGGCAACCUGCCUAACUCAGUAAGAGCACAACUACUGAUAACAAGUUCCCUAGACAAGGUAAGCACACCUACUGAUAACCAGUACGUACGCCGACAGUAUCAACGUAUAAUGUCUGGCUGCCAACUGCGAUCUUACCGAUAACAGAUGCGGAAAAUGGGUAGUAACACAUGUUCUCAUCUAGUGCUUCCAUAUUUCGAGUGUUCAUCCGUUCGAAUAAUGUUAGCUAGACAGUCGUCGACAUUAGGGAAAUACAGUCUAUCGCUCAACCUCAUCUGCAGCUGCCUUCGGUUGGCCUUCCCAGUUACUUAACCGUUCAAAUCAUAGUCCCUGUUUAGACAUUCAUCGAUUCUUAGUUUUCGUGUGGUUUAGACCGUUACCUUCGUCCUUAAUCGAUUUCAGGUCUUCGACUUCACCCUGACGACGGAAGAGAUGAACACCCUCAAGGCCAACAGCCGGAACCAUCGCAUCUUCCCUAUGCCAGCGUGAGUCUUCCUCUUCUUCCUAUCGGUGUCUGUAGAAUUCUUCAUAACGUGAUCGGCGUUCUUUUAAUCAACUAGUUUUUGUAUUCUGACCUUGAGCUGGGAAUUAAAUUUGCUCGAACAGUAACAAAGGAAUUCUUUGUCUAGGGUAUCCAUUGUUGAGUACUGUAGAAUUCUUCGCAAACUGAGUUACGCGUAGAAGUCAAAACAUAUUCCGGUGUAUAUACGGUAUUACUGAUAGAAUAAGAUAAUAAUAAAAAACGUACAAACCUCAAUAGUGGAUACUCUAGACAAAGAACUCCUUUGUUACUGUUCGAGCAAACUGAAUUCCCAGCUCAAGGUCAGAAUACCAAAACUAGUUGAUUAAAAGAACGCCGAUCAGUUCGAAAGAGGGUCACAAAAAGGGGAAAGGGGAAUGUCACCAGGGACCAAAUGUGGAAGCACUUGCGAGGAGGACGUGGAGAAUUCCAAGAGUUGACCAAGUGGAUACAACAGUAUGUCUAAAACGCUUUUAUUUAUUUAUUUCAGGUCAGCGGGCCAUCCGGAGUACCCUUUCAAGGACGAAUUCUAG